AUGAUAAGUUUUAUUUUAAUAAUAAUAUUUUUUGAAAUUUCACAUAUUUUUACAGUGAGUAAUAUAUCAUUUAUUAGCAAUUAUGAUGAAAGAAAAAAAAGAGAAAUCUUAAGGCAUUCACAAUUUGCUUGGAAAGAAAAAGAAAUUAUGUAUUAUGUAGAUCCUAUGUUAAAUCAUAUGGAAGUUAAAGUGGCACUUAGUAGAAUUGCAAAAGAAACAUGUUUAACAUUUGUACAAACACAAGAAUAUAGAGAAUCACUUUUUUCAUAUAUACCUGGUAGAUAUUUUGAGACAAAUUUAGGUAAAGGAAGAGAAAUUCCUCAUAAAAUUUUUUUACCACUGAGGGCUCAUGAUAUUGGAAGAAUUAUUCGAGAAACAUUACGUGCAUUUGGUAUUGAUUAUGAACAUAAUAGAAGAGACAGAGAUAAGUAUAUAACAGUUUCACCAAGACAUAUACUUUCUGAUUAUAGAAAAUAUUUUGAAAAAAAACAUUCUACAGUUACAAUUACAUAUGAUAUAGAAUAUGACUUUAGAUCAGUUAUGCAUUUUUCACCUUAUGAAUAUACAAAAAAAACCGGUAAAGUUUUACAUUCUAAAGACAAAUUAAUGUCCCAAUUUAUUGGUAAAUCUCAAUAUCUUACUUUUAAUGAUGCCAAGCUUUUAAAUAAUAAAUAUUGUUCAUUUUUACGAAUUCAGCAUCCAGUUUGUCGUAAUAAGGGAUAUCAAAAUCCAAGAAAUCCUACAACAUGUAAAUGUUUGCCCUUUUUAAUUGGUAAUCAAUGUGAACAUAUUGGACCAAAUAACAUUCAAUGUACACAACGAAACAUAUAUUCAGCAAUGUACAUCAUAUCAGUAAAAAGAUUAAGAUUGGGACCAAAUUGUGCAUACUUUAUAAGAUCACAUCCAAGAUUAAAAGUUUCAAUGGAAUUAAGAUUUCUUACUCCAAGAGUACAAAGGCCGAUAGAAUGUAAUGAAGAUAAUAGCAUUGAAGUUAAAUAUAGAAAUGAUCUUACUGUUAGUGGAACUUUGUUUUGUCCAAAUGGAAAAAAAUUAUAUAUAAAAUCAAAACAAAAUCAUAUUUCAAUUGUAACGAAUAGUAUCCAAGAUAAUUAUAUAUUAAACAUAGCAUACGUACAAGCAUAA